CCGCGCCGGGGCGGACCGGGUCGGGCCGCGGGCUCUGCGGAGCUCGGUCACCGGCGGAAGGGGAGGUGAGGCCGGUCGGCAGGAGGGUGGAGAGCGGCGGCUUGGAUGUUCCUCAUGUAGAGAAUGGUCAUUCAUUCUGCGUGUCUCUCUCAGUGGAGCUCCUCCUCCUACCCUGAACCCUCACAUUCUCUCCGUGAAUGUUCACAGACAGGUUGUUCAGCCGGUAUCUUUCUCCCAGGGUUGAAAUGUCCAAUACUAGAGGUCAUACGUUUAGACUGAGAGGGCUCAGCGUGCUGUGCCCACAGUUAGCUGUGUCUCACAAGUCCUGAUGCCGCUCAGCCUGCCGGGUCAACAGAGUGCUGUGACUGGAUGUUGGUCUUCAUCUCUGCAAUCGUUUUGGAAUAUUGUUCUCCAACUCCACCAGCGCCUGAAAACAUUUCUAUCCCUGUCUGCAGUGCCCACAGAUCGCUGUGUGUAGGAAUUCUGGAUGUUGCUCAGCCUGCAGUGCCUACAGAGUACGGUGCCUAGGGUGUCUGGAUGGCUCAGCGUCCUGCACCAACCGAGUGCCGUGUCUAGGGAGGCUGGAUGUUGGUGGACAUAAGGGAUCCCAUGGCACAGUUUGCAAGAAGAGCAGCUGAAUUAUCAUCUGGUGGGUGUCGUGGGACUGUGAACCAAACCUUUUCCAUGAGGAGCGGACGAAGAUGCAGCUGCUGCCAGCCAUGCUGCUUCUGUUACUGAUGUUCACCAGACGGAGCCGACAGCUGUUCUCCACACUGCGCAUGGCCUCAAUCCUGGAUGACCACACCUCGUGUGGCCGAGGAGAGCGCCUGGCCCUGGCUCUGGCCCGUGAGCAGAUCAACAGCAUCAUCGAGGUGCCCGCGCGGGCUCGCGUGGAGGUCGACAUCUUUGAGCUGCAGCAGGACAGCCAGUACGAGACGACGGACAUGAUGUGUCAAAUUCUGCCCAAAGGUGUGGCAGCCAUCCUGGGCCCUUCCUCCAGCCCAGCAUCGGGGUCCUUUGUCAGUCACAUCUGCGGGGAGAAAGAGAUUCCACACAUCAAGGUGGGCCCAGAAGAGACGCCCAAGCUGCAGUACCUGAGGUUUGCCUCCAUCAGCCUCUACCCCAGCAACGAGGACAUCAGCCUGGCUGUCGGCAGCAUCCUGAAGUUCUCCAGCUGCCCCUCUACCAGUCUCGUCUGUGCCAAGGCCGAAUGCCUGCUGCGGCUGGAGGAGCUCGUUCGCCAGUUCCUCAUCUCCAAGGAUUCGCUGUCCAUCCGAAUGCUGGACCACUCCAAUGACCCCACGCCUCUCUUGAAGGAAAUCCGCGACGACAAAAUCUCCACCAUUAUCAUCGAUGCCAAUGCCUCCAUGUCAUACCUCAUCCUGAAGAAGGCAGCAGAAUUGAGAAUGACCUCAGCCUAUUACAAGUACAUCCUCACAACAAUGGACUUCCCGGUGUUACAACUGGGUGAGAUUGUGGACGAUCACGCCAACAUCAUUGGGUUCUCCAUGUUCAACCCCCGGCAUCCCUUCUUCCUGGAGUUUAUCCGCAGCCUUAAUAUGUCCUGGCGGGAAAACUGCGAUUCAUCCCAAUUUCCGGGAGCUGCGCUCCCGUCAGCCCUGAUGUUUGACGCCGUGCACGUGGUGGUGAAUGCCGUUCGGGAACUGAACCGCAGCCAGGAGAUUGGCCUGCGGCCCCUCUCCUGCACCAGCUCCCAGAUCUGGCAGCACGGCACCAGCCUGAUGAACUACCUGCGCACAGUGGAGUACGACGGUCUAACUGGUCGGGUGGAGUUUAACAGUAAGGGCCAGCGGAUGAACUACACAUUGAGGAUCCUCGAACAGGGAAAGAAUGGUCACAAACAGAUUGGCAGUUGGCACUCGAGCCGGGGACUUACCAUGGAUGCCACCUUCCUAGACAUCAACAUGUCUGAGACCCUCAUGAACAAAACACUGAUCGUCACCACCAUCCUGGAGAACCCAUAUGUGAUGAGGAAGCAGAAUUUCCAGGAGCUGCAGGAGGAAGAGCGUUACGAGGGGUUCUGCGUGGACAUGCUGAAGGAGCUGGGAGACAUCCUCAAGUUCAAUUUCCGCAUCAAGUUGGUGGAAGACGGUCUGUAUGGGGCACCAGAACCCAACGGCUCCUGGACAGGCAUGGUGGGAGAGCUGAUCCAGCGGAAAGCUGAUCUUGCCGUCGCUGCCUUCACCAUCACAGCCGAGAGGGAGAAGGUGAUCGACUUCUCUAAGCCCUUCAUGACGCUGGGGAUCAGCAUCCUGUACAGAAUGCAUAUGGGUCGGAAACCGGGCUACUUCUCGUUCUUGGACCCCUUCUCCCCAGCUGUCUGGCUCUUCAUGCUGCUGGCCUACCUCGCUGUCAGCUGCGUGCUCUUCUUGGCUGCCAGGAUGAGCCCCUACGAGUGGUACAACCCUCACCCGUGCCUACGGGAGCGGAUGGACUUCCUGGAGAACCAGUACACUUUGGGCAACAGCCUCUGGUUUCCAGUGGGAGGCUUUAUGCAGCAGGGUUCAGAGAUCAUGCCCCGCGCCCUCUCUACCCGCUGCGUUAGCGGAGUCUGGUGGGCCUUCACCCUGAUCAUCAUCUCCUCAUACACUGCCAACCUGGCUGCGUUCCUGACCGUGCAGAGGAUGGAGGUCCCGAUUGAGUCUGCUGACGACCUCGCUGACCAGACCAACAUCGAAUAUGGGACCAUCCAGGGAGGCUCCACCAUGACAUUUUUCCAGAACUCUCGGUACCAGACGUACCAGCGGAUGUGGAACUACAUGCACUCGAAGCAGCCCAGUGUCUUUGUGAAGACCACUGAGGAGGGCAUCGCGCGCGUCCUCAACUCCAAGUACGCUUUCCUUCUCGAGUCCACCAUGAAUGAGUACCACCGGAAACGUAACUGUAACCUAACCCAGAUUGGGGGACUGCUCGACACCAAGGGCUAUGGCAUCGGCAUGCCACUGGGGUCGCCGUUCAGGGAUGAGAUCACCCUGGCCAUUCUCCAGCUGCAGGAGAAUAACCGGCUGGAGAUUCUGAAGAGGAAGUGGUGGGAGGGGGGCAAGUGUCCCAAGGAGGAGGACCACCGGGCCAAAGGUCUGGGAAUGGAGAACAUCGGUGGCAUCUUCGUGGUGCUGAUCUGCGGUCUGAUUAUCGCCGUCUUCGUGGCCGUCAUGGAGUUUGUGUGGACCACCCGCCGCUCAGCAGAGUCUGAGGAGGUGUCAGUGUGCCAGGAGAUGCUGAGUGAAUUACGACAGGCCGUGUCCUGUAAGAAGACAUCGCGGUCACGGCGGAGGCGCCGUCCGGCCCGGGUGGGGACCUCUGUGUCCCGGCAGAUACGGCUGGGCCGAGACCUGCGCCUCAGCAAUGGCCGCCUCUACCCGGGUGGAGGAGGCCCCGAGGGGCGGCCGGGGGCAGGGGGUCAGCGGCUGCUAGAAGAGGCCGUCCCCCUGCGGGGCUGCGCCCAUGUUCGUGUCUGCCAGGAGUGCCGGCGCAUCCAGGGGGCCCGCGGUGCCCGGCCCCCCCGCCUCCCCCCUCCUGUCCAGGAGCCAGCCCCUGCCCGGACUGGGGUCCCUGCCGAGCGCCAAGCCCAGGACUGAAGGACAGGAGGAACGGAGGGCGAGAUGUCGUCUGUCAGGGCCCCUACUACUGCCGACAGCCCCAGGAUCGUCCUCACCGCAGUUGGGGGUGGCCUGAUACAAUCCCACCAUUAACUUGACCCUUGACCUAAUCCUGAUCCUUGACCUUACUCUGACCCUUGACUCAUUGCUGACCCAACUCCCACCAUUGUCGUAACACUUGACUUAACUUAAUCCUUCAAUUAACUUUUGACCCUUGACCUAACCAUGACCACAGACCCAACUUUGACCAUUGACCUAAUUCUCACCCUUGACCUCCGUCCAACACUUGACCUUUCUCAGACUCCUGACCUGACCCUUUGACCUUGCCUCGGUGCUUGACCCUACCCUUGAAUUAAUCCCAUCCCUAUAUCUUACCCCCAGGUCCUCAACAUCAUCUUUGACUUUUACUUAUCACCAAACCUUGACCUUCACCUAGCCUUUGACCCUGCCUUUUACUUUCACCGUAAACCUCCAAACCUCCACAAAAUCCUGACCCCAAACCAUGACUCCCCCACCACCCCCCCGCAGAAUCUUGGCCUCAGCCUGACACUGGACUGAUCCCUGACCUUUCACCUCAUCUUCGACCUUUCAGCCCAACCCCUGAACCCUCAGCUUCAAUCCUUGGACGUCACCCUGCAUAUACCUCACAUCUACCAACAAAUUAACCCGAUGUUGACCUUGUGACCCCAGACAUCAUAUCUCUGACCUUCAACCCUGGCCAAUCUACCAACCUGAAGACUUGAUCCAACUUCAACUCAUCUCAACCAUUACCUCACCCAAACCCCCUUCCCUCCAUCAACCAACAACUCCUCAAUGCCCUAUUGUCACCCCCCUCCACGGUGGCCGUGGGAAGACGGAAGCCCCUCGCCCACAUCUCUCCAAGCAGCCGGACAAGAGCAAGGAAGGCGAGUGGGAGGAGGAGGACGACGGCUUGGACGAGGGAAGGAGGCAUCUGCAGCAAUGGGGUCAGCCCCUGUUCAGCCCCUCUUCUUUGGGGUGAUGGGGAGCCAGUGCCCCACAAGCGUGACCAACUGCGUGUGUGAGGACUUGCUCACCCAGCGGUGGACUGUUGCCCGAGCUAUGGCCGGGCUGAGUCUGGAGAUAACUUGGCACAGCCAAGCAUUCUUUUUGACCUUUUUUUGCUACUUUCUAUGUAUAGUUACCAAAAACAAACAGAAUAGCAACUGAAAAGUGGCGAGGAGCCGUGUGCUAAUUGGAAUACAAUAAAGAACUCUCCUAUGCAUUGCUCCUGUCAACAGUGUCACUCACAUCAGAUCACCAGGUGAAAGAAGCCACUGACCAGGUGAAGGGGUCAUGGACCAGGUGAGAAAGAACUGACCAGGUGAGAGAUAACUGACCAGGAGAGGGAACUUGGAGCAGGUGAGAGAGAACUGACCAGGAGAGGGGUGUCAUUGACCAGGUGAGAGAGAACUGACCAGGUGAGGGGGUCAUGGACCAGGUGAGAGAGAACUAACC